GAAAUGGCGGCAAGGUUUAUGGUAUUAUGACUCGUCGAUCAGCUGGUCAGUGAAAACACAUAAUGCCUUUACUUCGAGUAGGACUAUGUCCGGCAUUAACGAAAGAAGAUUUGGAAGCUCUUAGGAAAGGAGGAAUCAGAUCAGUUGAAGAUUUUGUGUGCAGUGAUCCAGAAACCAUUGCCCAGACGUGUAAUAUUUCUUACAAGGUCCUGUUAUCAAUCAGAAAGCUUCUAUUGGCCCAGUACUCUGCAUUCCCUAUCAAUGGAGUUGACUUGUAUGAAGAUGCCUUGAGUAAGACAUCCAUCCUUCCUAUAGGGUGUGACAGUUUAGGUCGACUGCUUGAUGGUGGCUUGUAUACAUUAGAAGUCACUGAGAUAGCAGGCGAAGCAGCAUCUGGAAAGACACAGAGUGUGAAAGCAGCAUUCAACCGAAUACACUGCUGUAACGCAUUCGACGUCUAUCAAGUGAUACAGACAUUAGAAGAAAUUAGAAGUUCAAUAAUUGCAGGAAAUAACAGUUUUUACACAUCAAUGAAACUACUUGUACUUGACAGUAUUGCUGCUGUUAUCUCACCCAUACUUGGUGGGCAACAAACUGAUGGUCAUUUAUUGAUGACACACUUGGCAACUCUAUUAUUGGUUCUGUCUGUAGAGCAUGCAUUAGCUGUCGUGGUGACUAACAAUGUAGUACAAGGUGAUGGCAACACAACUAAACCUGCCCUAGGUAAAUACUGGUUAGACAAACCACAUAACAGAAUACUCUUGAAUAAAGAACAUCAAGCUACACUAGUAAAAUCAACUAGGUUGCCACUGUAUAACAAAGUGAUGUAUACAAUCACAGAUGCUGGAAUCACUGAUGUGUCAAAACAAGACUGAAUAGGAAAAUACACGCCUACUUGAAGAGUGUUUCUGUGUAGCAUGAAUUCUGUACACUAUAGACUACAUAAAAAAUAUCUUUAUUAUAAUCAAAUACAUAAAUAUCAAUUAAAAUUACAUUUUUCAUCAUAACUUUAA